UUUAGGUGGAAUUCAAGCUCACAGUUUUUCUUUCAAAUUCGGAAGUUAUCUUACUUCACUACAUUUCCCAUAAACGUGCACGUACAUCUCGGAAAAGCCCAAACCGGAAGAGGACAGGAACCCACAUGGCAGCUCGAUGUAGCUGGAGUUGAGGGGAGCAGAUGAGGCUGUGUAAAGAGUGUUUUUCUGAGCGUGGUCCGCAAAUCGAUUUUAGGCUAUUGAGAACCCUGUAGAAAAAAGCGAUGUCCGGAGCCAAACACAGGAUGCGCUGUAAGAAAAUGAGGAAUCAGCCCAGCAGUGUCACGUACAGCUCCCCAGGCUGGCACAACGGUGGAGAAACGUCACGCUCCGGUCACUGGCAUGAGCACACCCCACAGGGAAGAGGGCACAGUGCCCCACCCUCUGGCUGGUUCAGGGGGCACCAUGUCGGGGGUAACGUGAAGGGCGGUCAGGGGUAUUCCCAGGAGCUUCCAAAAUACAUUACUGCCUCGACCUUCGCCAAGGCCCGAGCAGCAGAGGUGAAGGCCAUGUUGAAAGCUGUCACCAAGACAACGGGCAGCUCUCACGUGUUCGGCGCCCUUCCCAAGCACAUGAGGAGGAGGGCCAUGAGCCACAACACCAAGCGGCUGCCGGCCAGGCUGAGGGAGGGGGCGCUCAAGAUGCUGGAGAAGAGCCAGCAGGCGGGCCAGAAGGAGAAGAAGGAACAGCCGAAAAGCAAGAGCCGCAAAGCGCGCCGACGCCACGGCAACCUGCUGCUGGAGUUCAACCGGCGCCAGAGGAAGAACGUGUGGCUGGAGACACACAUCUGGCACGCCAAGCGCUUCCACAUGGUGAAGAGGUGGGGCUACUGUCUGGGGGACCGGCCCACGUACAAGUGCUACCGGGCCUGCUACAGGGCCAUGAGCAACUACUGCCUCCUGCAGGACCUCUCCUACUACUGCUGUGUGGAGCUUCAGGGGCAGGAGGAACUGUUGCUUGGGGCUCUGUCCAGACUGACCAGCACUGAAACUGGGCCCACAUUCGCUGCAGGGCUGUGUCUCUCCGGGCGGAGGCAGGGCAGUGCGGUCCUGUACAGAGCGGAUCAGUACCCCACACAGCCCCUGGGCCCGGUGCUCUUCCUGUGGAGACCCAGGUCUGCGGGCUCCAUCCACAGGCAGCUCUGGAUCUGGGUCCACCCCUCCCUCAAGCAGGAUCUGCUGCCCGAGCUUCAGCUGGUGUGCCAGUGCUCCGAGGCUGUGGUGCCGCCCACUCCGGUCCCCCUGCCUGCUCCAGAACCGGACCCAGCAGCGGGCCCCACGGAGGCGCCGGACAGAGAGCAGCCCGCAGGGAGGAAGAGGAAAAGGAAGAGUGCGCAGGGGGGAUCUGGGGACACGGUCCCCAUGAAGAAGAUUCUUGGGGACGGCACUCGGUCUCCGUUGACCCCUGUCACCUGGAUGUCCGAUUCGACGGGGAUAGUUAUUCGUGACCUCACCAUGGAAAUUGUACGCUACCGUCUGAUUGGACCACUUUCCCAUUCUGUACUGACGGAUGCUUUGACCCCCGCGUCAGUGUGUGAAGCUGCAAGCAAACCGGAAACGUCUUGCUUUUGGUGGCCUGAACAUUGCAAAGAAGAAAGUAACAUGUCCCUUCACCGAGAGCAAGCAGAUAUCUUCCACCUACUCAAAGGAUUGUGUUCCACAGGAGAAGUGCCCUCGGGCUCUGUUCUUGGGCUUACUGUUGAUGACCCUAGACUGACCUUGCCUGGGAAGAGGAUCAAAGUAGCUCCUGAUGUCCAGCAGCUGGAAGGGGAGGCCGAUGACGGGAGGAGGGCCCUGAUGUUGCAGGGCGUCCCGGAGCACUGUUGCCAGAGCGCCCUGUGGGACCAGGCCGUCCGUCAUAACGUCACCCACAGCAAGAUCCCAGAGCAGGAGCUGAACCGGAUGAAGAGCGAGUUGCUGGUCCCCGGCUCCAGGCUGCACCCCACCCCCCCGCAGGGGCGUGUCCCCCUGCUGCUGGUGCAGCAGCCCGGCAAACAGGCGGGCCAGGAGAUGGCCUCAUGGGGCGCGGGCUGGGACCUGCUGCUGCCCAAGGGCUGGGGCAUGGCCUUCUGGGUCCCUCUGGUGUACCGCGAUGUACGCAUCGGGGGCCAGCAGGAGGCGCUCAAACACUCCCAGAACAAAGGGGCGUCGCACUUCCCCAACGACUUCCCAGACUGCCCAGCAGGUGCCAGCUUCCUGCAGGAGCAGGAGACUCAGCUGCUGGACAACUAUAAGAGGCGUCCGCCUGCCAAAAGGCCCAAUUACAUAAAACAUGGUUGCCUCGCUCCGUUCCGUUGCCCUUGGCAACAGCUGGCCGAGGAGUGGGAGAUGAUCGUGAGGGAGGGUGAAGAGGGGGACCUGCCUGCGCCUCCUCCCCGCCCUCAGCCCCAAGAAGAGACCUCUGCCCCGCUGCCACAGGAAGUGACAUCACGCCCAGACAGUGCCGCAUCUCCUCGGAGCACGGUCAUUGUCCUGAGGAACAGGAAGGCUCUGCGUACGGUGUCUGCCUGGUGCAGACCAACCUGUUCCAGAGGCCGGAGGUGGCGGCAGCCUGCGCAGCUGGAGCAGCUGGGCCCUGCGUCCAAGGAGAGACUCCGAACAGCCCACCCCAGCAGCCUGGUGUGGGUGCGGCUCUCCCUGCUUCGGAAGGGCCGUCCCUCUCUCCACGCCAUGAUCUGUGUCCCCACCAGAGAGGAUAUGCAGCAGCUGCGCACAGACCCCGCCUGCUGUGGGCCCCAGGAGCCACGUCACACCGACCACUUCAUGAGCAGGCUGAAGCGCCGCAGGAAGGCCCUGAAACCAGCUAGCUCCUCCCACAAGGAAGAAAGGAAGCCUCCUGAGCCUGGCUCCGCCCCGAGCUCCACUCCGGGCCCUGAGCCUGGCUCCGCCCCUAGCUCCACUCUGGGCCCUGAGCCUGGCUCCGCCCCUAGCUCCACUCUGCGCCCUGAGCCUGGCUCCGCCCCUAGCUCCACUCUGGGCCCUGAGCCUGGCUCUGCCCCUAGCUCCACUCUGGGCCCUGAGCCUGGCUCUGCCCCUAGCUCCACUCCGGGCCCUGAGCCUGUCCUGACUCGGGGGCUGUGGCCAGACCCACUGCCCAGCGUGACCUCUCACUGUUCACGGGUGACUCUGGGCUGGGUCACGCAGGGGGACUUCAGUUUAUCUGCGGGAUGCGGGGAGGCGCUGGGAUUCGUCAGCCUGACAGGCCUCCUGCACGCCCUCUCCAGCCAGCCUGCAGACCUCAGGGGCCUGGUGCUGCUGCGAAACCCCGCCUCCCUGCAGUACCGCUUUGCAAAGAUCAACAUUGAGGUUUAACCACAGCCUCAUCUACACCCGUCACUUCAGCUUGCUGGUGUUUAAACAUUCGAACACGGACGCAGGACUAACGCUGCAGUACGCUGAAGCUUUUGGUGCAUUUCAUUGUGUAAGUGUGAACAAAUCUUGAAAAUGCAUAGCAACAGCAGGCGAUGCUCAUUGUAUGUAUUUGUAAAUAAAAUGUUAGAGUAAUUCAGUGAGAUUUCCAAAAGCACCGAAGUCACAUCAGAAUAUGAAACUAAAGCGGUCUGUUCAGAAUGAGCAGUGAGACGAAACUGACACACAGUGUUGAGCUGCGCCAUGCUGUCCCAUUAAACGGUGAACAGCGUGCUGAAUAAUGUAUCUGACACUUGAUGAAACGAGUAGUGCGGCAUUCCAACAGGGCUCAUCAGCAUGAAGACCUCUUGAAAAGAAUCCUGAUCGGCUGAAGAUAGUAUUCCCUGCAUGGACUACCUGCUAAAGACAUUCUUCUCUCGUGUAAGACUGAGAUGAUGAAAGGUCAAAUUUUUUUGGUGGAUUGAAAGCCUUAUCUUCUUUUAAGAAUGCUUUUUUUUUUUUGCUUGAAUGCCUGAUUGUGAUCCAUUUGGGAAAUUGAGUUGCAGGUUGCACUCAUGGAUGGCCAAUCCGAUUGUAAUCAGUUGUAAUCUGACAGUAAUAGAAAGUCAGCAUGAGAUUUGUUUUGGAGACCAUUUUCCUCAGUUCUUUAUUAUAAACUUCCUGUACUCCAAAUAAAUGCUCUGUUCACUA